AUGCAGCUCACCCACAGGCGUGUGCGGCCGGUGUCCUGCCGGUGUCCUGCCGGUGCCCUGCCGGUGUCCUGCCAGUGUCCUGACGGUGCCCUGCCCCUGUCCUACCGGUGUCCUGCCGGUGUGCUGCCGCUGUCCUGCCCGUUUCCUGCCGGUGUCCGGCCGGUGUCCUGCCGGUGUCCUGCCGGUGCCCUGCCCGUGUCCUGCCAGUGUCCUGACGGUGCCCUGCCGGUGCCCUGCCCGUGUCCUACCGGUGUCCUGCCGGUGUGCUGCCGGUGUCCUGCCGGUGUCCUUCCGGUGUCCUUCCGUGUCCUGACGGUGCCCUACCCGUGUCCUGCCGUGUCCUGCCCGUGUCCUGCCGGUGUCCGUCUGGUGUCCUUCCGGUGCCCCGCCAGUGUCCUGCCCGUGUCCUGCCGUGUCCUGACGGUGCCCUGCCCGUGUCCUGAUGCUGUCCUGCCGGGGCCCUGCCGUGUCCUGACGGUGCCCUACCCGUGUCCUGAUGCUGUCCUGCCGGGGCCGUGCCCUGUCCUGACGGUGCCCUGCCCGUGUCCUGAUGCUGUCCUGCCGGGGCCCUGCCGUGUGCGGCCGGUGUCCUGCCGGUGUCCUGCCGGUGCCCUGCCCGUGUCCUGCCAGUGUCCUGACGUGUCCUGCCCGUGUCCUGCCGGUUGUCCUGACGGUGCCCUGCCGGUGCCCUGCCCGUGUCCUACCGGUGUCCUGCCGGUGUGCUGCCGGUGUCCUGCCGGUGUCCUGCUGGUGCCCUGCCCGUGUGCUGCCCGUGUCCUGCCGGUGUCCUGCCGCCCGUGUCCUGCCGUGUCCUGCCGGUGUCCUGUGGUGCCCUGCCCGUGCCCUGCCCGUGUCCUGCCCAUGUCCUGCCGGUGUCCUUCUGGUGCCCUGCCCGUGUCCUGCCUGUGUCCUGCUGGUUUCCUGCCUGUGUCCUGCCCGUGUCCUGCCGGUGUCCUGACGGUGCCCUGCCCGUGUCCUGAUGCUGUCCUGCCGGGGCCCUGCCGUGUGCGGCCGGUGUCCUGCCGGUGUCCUGCCGGUGCCCUGCCCGUGUCCUGCCAGUGUCCUGACGGUGCCCUGCCCGUGUCCGGCCGGUGUCCUGCCAGUGUCCUGACGUGUCCUGACGGUGCCCUGCCGGUGCCCUGCCCCUGUCCUACCGAUGUCCUGCCGGUGUGCUCCCGGUGUCCUGCCCGUGUCCUGCCGGUGUCCGGCCGGUGUCCUGCCGGUGUCCUGCCGGUGCCCUGCCCGUGUCCUGCCAGUGUCCUGACGGUGCCCUGCCGUGUCCUGCGCGUGUCCUGCCGGUGUCUGGCCGGUGUCCUGCCGGUGUCCUGCUGGUGUCCUGCCGGUGCCCUGCCGGUGUCCUGCCAGUGUCCUGACAGUGCCCUGCCGGUGCCCUGCCCCUGUCCUACCGGUGUCCUGCCGUGUCCUGCCGGUUUCCUGCCGGUGUCCUGCCGGUGUCCUGCCCGUGUCCUGCCCGUGUCCUGCCGGUUUCCUGCCGGUGCCCUGCCCGUGUCCUGCCAGUGA